AUGUAUGUGGCUUUAGAAUGUGUGAUCAUUUACAACUUGGUAGCGUUUUUAUUUGCAUUUAGCUUGUUUUGUUACGGAUUUUUUCCAUUAUCAUAUUCAACCUCAACCAAGUCCAGCUUCGAGGAUUUUCCCCGAGCUGAAUAUGCAAGUGUUGAUCACCGACCACACACCACACGAGCAGUGUUGGUAGUAAUCGAUGCGUUGCGUAUGGAUUUCAUUUUAAAAAAUGAAAACAUGAAGUUUAUCAGUAAACUUAUUCUAGAAGAAAAGGCCUGUUUAUAUCGGCUUCAAGUGCAUCCACCGACAGUUACUAUGCCUAGGAUAAAAGCCUUGACUUCCGGAGCACUACCCAGUUUUGUAGAUGUAGUGCUUAACCUUGGAUUUUCUGAAAUGACACUAGACACCUUUUUAUAUCAAAUGAGGCAGCAACAGCAGCGAAUAGUUUUCUAUGGAGAUAAUACAUGGACUCGGAUGUUUCCCGAUAUGUUUGAGCGAAAGGGAGCAAACAACGAUUCUUUCUUCGUAAAUGAUUUCUAUGAGGGUGACCAAAAAAUAACAACAAGCAUGAAAUCCGAACUCAACACGUACGAUUGGGAUCUUAUGAUUUUACACUACCUUGGACUGGACCAUGUGGGCCAUGUAGAAGGUCCUUUUAGUGAUAAAAUCCCUGGAAAGCUUAGUGAGAUAGAUAACGUGGUGGAGACAAUCUAUGCAGCGUUAUUCGAACCGUACUCAAAUAUUACAAGACCAGUAGUAAUGCUAACUAGUGACCAUGGAAUGAGAGACUCGGGAGGACACGGUGGCUCUUCACCGUCUGAAACAAACAUACCCUUUCUCAUCAUUAAUCGAGAGUGCUCCGAAAGCAACGAGACAUUCCUGCAAAUAGACAUUGCUCCGACAAUCUCGACAAUAAUGGGUGUCGCUAUUCCAAAUGCAUCUAUUGGCUCGAUCAUUCAACCUAUGCUAGCGCGGAUGAAAAAAGAAGAGCUACUAAAUGCCAUGCUUUACAAUACCCAAAGACUUGUUACCAAAGCUAAGCCGUUUCUAGAAAGUGGAAAUGAGUAUUUCAGAAAUGAAAUAUAUCAACAGUACGAAGAAGCAAAAAAGAUACAUCGAGAAGGGAUAAAACAUAAAUUGUUAAGCGAAUCUUCAUUUAAACGUGCUACUGUGCUUUACAAAUUAGUUUCAAAACGAGUCUCGCAAUUGCUUAUUGCGAACUACAAACAGCAUAAUUUGUUGUUUAUGGCUAUAGGCGUAAUCAUAAUGAUUUCAUGCGCUGUUAUUGCUAUAUUGCAAAUGACCAACACAGAGGCAAAUGUAUCGAUACGAUUGAUUUCUUUCUUGUAUCAUAUAUUCAUAUUCUAUUGCGGUUUGAGAUUUCUUAGCUACUUAAAUGGGCAUUUCGCUAUUGGACUGUUGGAUGUCGUUCUUUUGAUCACAGUGUUAAUUUUUGUAAUCAACUUGCAAAUAUUGAGAUGCUCUUUUAAAAUCAUAAAUAUCACGCAAAACAAGGUACCUUUUAAGAAAAAUACUAUUUUCCAGUUAAUGCUUGCCGGCUUUGUAUUUCACUGUAUCUCUUUUACCAGCAGUUCUUAUAUAGAAGAGGAACAUCAAAUAUGGUACUAUUUUACUAACACAGCCAUGGUUGCCAUGGCUUUAAUUAAUAUUACAAAAUUGAAUUCCUCAAUAGCUACAUUGAAUUCAAGAAAAUAUGAAUAUAAUUCCCUAACACUGGCAUGUAAAGAGCGAAAUAGGUGUUACGUCUACUCUGUUGCCAUUCUUUGCACGCAUUCAUUAAUACGCCGAAUCAAUCAAACAGGAGACAAAUGGCAACACAUUUCAGAUAUAGGCGACUGGUUGAUGAUUGAAGAACACAAAUUGUUUUUGACUUUAAUUACGAUACUCGGGUUGCUCAGCGUUAUCCUUAAAGUAAGUCUCCUUGGAGGCUUGUUCACCAAUGUGCUUUCUGUGACUGCGGGUUUAUUAAUUUACUGUUACCGCUCUAUAUCUGGAGGGUUCUUCGGUUCCGAAAGCGUUUGUGAAACCAUUUCAAUUUUUUAUCCUUUCUGUUCUAAAUAUUCCUCCUUGCUUAUUAGAUUGAUUUGUUUAAUCUUAAUUAUAAUUUUUUUUAUAGGGCUUAUACCUUCAAUUUACUAUAGCUUCAUUAAGAAGAAUAAGUUUGAUUCUUGCCGGGCAAAUAAUAAGUUUUACAGCGACUGCAUUAAGAUAAGUGUUCUUGUAAUAACACUCUUACAUAAGCCAUACAACAUAGUGCUAACCAGUGCACUGUUAUUUUCAAGUGAAUUUGUAAAGCAAAGCAUUCAUUCCAUUACAAAACCAGAUUACACCAAUUUAAUGCUCAACGCAGUGAUGCACUAUUGGCUAGGAAAAACCUUUUUUUUUUACCAGGGCAAUUCCAACAGUUUGGCGACUAUCGAUCUGAAUGCGGGGUAUAUAGGUUCUAAUAGAUUUAACCUUUAUCGAGUUGGUUUCUUGGUGACUAUACAAUCCUACAGUGGCCCUCUGAUAAGUACACUAAUGUUGAUUCAUAAUUUGCGUCAGACUACACAAAAACAUAGGCUAAGCUUAAUACCAACGUUAAGACGAUAUGUUGUGGCUUUUAUGACCGUCCUUACUUUACUUCCUAUUAGCUGUUUUAUUGUUGUGGUUACGGUUUUGAAGGAUCAUUUAUUCGUGUGGACCGUAUUUUCACCAAAAAUUAUCUAUGAAUAUUGUAAUCUAUUUUUAACUUUAAUUCAGAUACUAUUUGUCAUUUUAUUUUAUCCAACACCAAUACCAUAAUUGUACAUAAAUAUUAAAUAUAGCUUUAUAAAUCGA